GCCGUUAAGAGACCGAUCCUGGAGUCGCUCCCCCAGACUUGUCCUGUACCUACCGAACAUCCCAGUCCCGUACCCACCGGACGCUCAUCCCGUCUGGUAUCGUCCUCUGUGGUGUUGGAAGGUCUGAAAACCGUUGUGGGCACCUGGUCGUCGUACGCCAGUGGCCCCGGAGACUCUUAUCUGUUCUGUGUCCUCCUGAUCAUCAGAACCUAAUCAUGUGGAAAGGACUUCUCCUGUCUUUGUGCGGCAUAGCUGUCUGUGUCAUAGGGGCAGCCGCUGCUCCCAGUAAUGUCAAACAUUCCCGCUCAAAGAGGGCAGUCCCAGCCAUCGUGGCUAGCGCAGCCGCGGACGUGGGCGGGAAGGUGGUGGACGCGCUCGGAGACAGGAUCGCGGAGGGAGUUGUGGAGAACCACCAGGCAAAGGUGGUGGGUGCCCUGGAAGACUACUUCUCGGGACAGUUUGAGCAGGCCGAUCAGGAAUUUGACAACGUCUUGGCACGGAGCGGAAACCUCCUGGCAGGUGUUCAAGGAGUUGAAGAGGCCACACUGAAGAUGACCCAUGGCAGGGGGACCAACACAGGCGACACAUUCGCACCUGCCAGCCAGGAAAUGUCCCUGUCAUUCAAGCAUGUCGAAGAUGAGGAUGAUGAGCAAGACAGCUCAGAAAUGGGCCUAGCUCCAGUGGGUUACCCUGGCGGGAUCGGACCGGUUAUGAUGAACGGCUGCUUUGGUUCCAACUAUCAAGAAGGUGACCCCUGCUACGAGGCGUUCGUGCCCAUACAGAACUGUGCUAAUAUCAUCGACGGAGCAACCUUCCUUGGUGUUGGAUUUGACGGACGAGGCGAAUACUCGACUGACUCCCGGAAGAAGAGCCUCGUCCAGCGCUCUUGCAACGGUUUGCAAGGAUACAAGGAGUUCCAUGUCCCUGACCAGAUGACCGUGCAAGGUGUUUAUGACACCGACGUAGAGACCAUGACCUUCGCCACGAUGGAGGAUUAUCGAGUUUACCUUGAGGACAAGUCUGCUGUGACGUCUGCCAAGGCCAUGUUCCAACAGGAGAUGGUCAAGGCCCAAGGGCACGGUGCAGGUGGGGGCGCCUUCGGACUGUUAUGGUCUGCAGGAGGCGGCUCAUCAUCAUCGCGUGGUUCGGAUAGGCAGGAGUCAGGUUUCGAAGCCAGCUCACAAGCUAGCUCUGACCUCAGCGAAACUUCAGCCCAAACCUUCAUGUCCAUGCUGGAACUGAACGUCAUGAGGUAUGAGAUAUUCCUGGACUUCGUCAAACCUGAGGAGCUGAACUUGGGGGCUCUGCGCGAUUUUCUGUCUCUCCCCAUAUCCUACUUCUCCAUUGGAGCGGAUCGGAAGUAUAAUAGCUACAUCCUUCGCUGGGGAACACACUACAUUACCUCUGCCAUGUUUGGAGGACAACUCAAGAUCAUAAAGACAAAAAAGGUCACUGAAGACGUCUCGAUGGAGAGCUUCGCGAUGGCCUCCCAGACUGAGUUCAAGAAGAUGAUGAGCACUUUCUCAGCGAAGGAGACCAUGACGAAGUCAAGCAGCUGGUUUCACAGUCAUGAAACCAAAAAUGAACAACAAAGCUCAUCAGGAUCAGCUUCUGAGGAAGCUGCGUCUGAAACAUCCAUUGGCGAAACGGCUGCCCGCAACCAGAUGGAGUUCAGUAGCGAGCAGAUGAGGGUGCAAGGAGGCGAUCAGAAGAUAGCAGGGAGCAUCACAGACCUCUACACUACUACUUUCGGGACUGACCUGAUAGACUGGCUGGAUUCCAUUGAAGAGUUCCCAAAAGCUUUUGAGUUUACUAUGAGGCCUAUCGCUGAUUUGUUCGACAUGAAUUUUGAUCUUCUCUUCCCCAGCGGCAUUACUGACCUAGGCUGCUUUGGAAGAACUACGCUCAGCCAAGAUUCACACGGACGGCAGUUCUACACACAGGAUGUACAAGUUGGGAACGGCUCCGUAGUCGAAGAAGUCCGCUACUGCGAUUUCGCUUCUCAGGACGAUAUGAGAGAGGGCAUGAUCAGCAGGCGGCUGGCUCUCGGCCGCGCCGUAGCCGUGUAUCUUGAGGAGGGUCCUUUCGUCGUGAAAGACUUCGCCAUUCCGGCUGGAGAACCCGGGUGUGAGACCGCAGAACUGGUCCUUCUGGAGGGUUCUAACGAGGGGGCCCCUAGCUGGCAGGACAUGAUCAGCGGCCAGGAGUUCACCGUCAUCUUUGACAUGCCGUACAACAUCCCGAACUUCAUGGAUGCCAAAUAUUCCCUCAAUGUCGAGUAUGUGUAUAACAGGUGGCUGGCUAUCCGGGAUGGGUUCACCCCACAUCUGUAUGAUGGACAUCGCAACGGCGGCAGUGACGAUGUCACCAACUUUAAGAUAAGUGUGGGAGGUUUGGUUAUGACGUACGACGAGGAUACGGGUCUGUUGACUGUGACACAAGAUGACUACGAUGCAUCAGCACAGAUGAUUCCCGACCUGCCCAUCUGGGUCAAUGGACUGGCUGUAGCCAGGGUGGAGUACAAGUCACUGCUGCAACAGCUCCAAAACCACAACAGUGUGGGCGGGGGAAAAAUGCCCUGCAACAUAAAGUGGUCCAAUGCUCAUCGUAUCGACCCGACCAAUGGGGGAAAGUGUAUACAUUUCACGGCGGCGUCACUCGGGGACAUGUACGUGGUGUUCUCCGGCGUCCCCAACAACCACGAGACCUGGGUGUACGUGGAGAUCUCUCCUCGUGGUGUAGCUCUCUACAGGGCCAUGCGACUGGCAGUUACACAGCUGGAACGGGGUGCUGCGGGUCUGGGAUCAGACAUUCUCUACCAGUCCUACUUUGUCUGUGUCACGGAGGAUCUCACUGCGCGCACAACAACCAUACAGUACGGCAAAACACCCGACAAUGAGGAACGUGCUGAAGUCUGGCUGGACCAUCAAUUCGACGUCAUUCUCAGUCUGCAUUACUACUCCUUCGGUACCGGCACAGAGCCAGCCAAGUUUAUGGGGGUGUCUCAACUGGAUACGCUCCUCGAAGAAUUCAUCGUUUGCCAGGAGGGAACAACCUUCGUCAAUGGUCGCUGCGAGCAGGUCUGCCAUGAGCAGUGCGACGGCUGCAGAAUUUCUGGGUCCGACGACCCCCGCAACUGCGUGGCGUGCAGGAACAAGAAAGUGGCGUUCCCACUGAUGGGUAGUUCCGUGGGCGACUUUGAGUGUGUAGCAGACUGUCCUUCCACCAUGACGACAGCCUCUGAUUCUAUAAACUGUGAAUGUAUCAAGCGUAUGGAGGAGAUAAGUGUCGAGGGUUUGGUGACGUGCGUGGCAGAGUGUCCCCUCACUCACUUUGACGACAACGGCAUCUGUAAGCAGUGCAGCAGCUUCUGUCAAGAUGUCAGUUCUACUGGCACCAGGGUGUGCACCGGACCAUCACCAGAGCAGUGUGAUACCUGCAUCUACAUUGCGACUGACGGAAGCUGCGCUUUGGGAUGUUCCCCCGGACAGAAGGCCGUGCCAGGGUCAGACGGUACCUUCACCUGUGAAGCCUGUCGGCCUGGUUACAGGUGCGUCAAUGGAGAUGAGGUGGACGAAAUCUGCCCGGCGGGGACGUACAGCAACUCAGCAGGCACGGAUUGUGACCCGUGUGCAGCAGGACAGUACAGCGAUACUGCAGGCACCCCUUGUCAGCCGUGUCCAGCAGGACAGUUCAACACACAAGGCGGCUCUACCAGCUGUCAGGCAUGCCCUGCGGGGCAGUUCAGCGCCUCACAGGGCUCCACUAGCUGCCAGUCCUGCCCGGCCGGGCAAUAUAGCGGCUCCGCUGGGUCCACAUCCUGUACAAUCUGCCCAGCAGGACAGUUCAGCAGCCAGGCUGAAUCUACCAGCUGCACCGUCUGCCCAGCGGAUACUUUCAGCAGCACCGCUGGAUCCACAAGCUGUCAGCCAUGUGCAACUGGGACUACGAGCACAGCGGGCUCAACCUCCUGCACCAGUACUGAUGAGUGCGCAUCCAACCCCUGUGUACACGGCACAUGCACGGAUCUUACUAACGCCUACUCUUGCGCUUGCAACACAGGAUGGUCGGGUGACAGGUGUGACGUAGUAAACUACAACUGUCAAGAUCCUGCCCAACUCAGCGGGGAUUCUGGCACUUUCACAUCGCCUGGUUACCCGAACAACUACAACGACGGCGCCCGGUGUUCCUGGACGAUCACUGUCAGCAGCGGAAAGCGGGCAGCCGUUAGGUUUACAGACUUUGACCUGGAAUCUGAGAGCUCUUGCAACUACGACUCCGUCACGGUGUAUGACGGAUCCACUUCCAGCAGUACACAGCUCAGCAAACUCUGCGGAACAAACGGUGCAGCAGCCGUGGGCAGUGGGAGAACCAUUCACAUCCGUUUCACCUCCGACAGUUCAGUAACCAGAGGGGGGUUUGUCGCUGAGUACGCAGGAGUCACCAAUUUGGCGCUGGGUCGAAGCGCAACGCAAUCCUCCACUCAAGGUGACGGAUACGCCCCAAGAGCCGUGGAUGGGAACACAAGCGGGGAUUGGUACUCUAAUUCAUGCACACACACACCAGAACAAAGCAACCCGUGGUGGCGGGUCGAUCUGGGCAGUGCCCGUACUGUCUUCGCCGUCAAGGUCUACAACCGUGUCGACUGCUGCAGUGAAAGGUUGGACCCUUUCUAUGUGCAUGUGGGUGGCAAUACAGCGGUGUCUACGAAUCCAUCCUGCGGCGGCCAGCAGUCCAUAUGGAGCUCCUCCAAGUCCGUGUCGUGCGGUGGUUUGUUGGGCCGGUAUGUUGGAGUAGUCCUGCCAGGAAGCUCCCGCACCCUGACCCUUUGCGAGGUGCAGGUCUUCGGCGUGUAGGAACUCUGCCGAGCCCCUCACGGCUGAAACAACUCGUGGAAGAUCCAAUACGGAUUCCUGCUUGUUUGGUCAUUUAUCUCAUUUCUAGGAUAAUUAAUUCAGUGUAACGUUAGCUAGCUGACCGCCCUGUAUGUGCAUUUCUAGAAAUACACAACAGAUCAUUAUUCUCAUCUACAGUUAUUUUGGCUGACAUUUAGAUAAUAAACAUAGAAGCUACAGAGAAACUAUCCUAAAAAUGAGAUAAAUGUCGAAUAGUACGCUCUUUGAAUUUGAAGCAACCUUUAGUUCCUGACUUCCCUUUAAACAUUCACCUGACUUCGUUUCUCGUUUGAACAGAGUUUCCAACAAUAGCGACUCUCACUGAGUUUAUCAAAUGUGAAAAGGUAAAGUAAAGAGAAUUGGGGGAUGUUGGACUCUUUGAAAAACUGGUGCACGUCUCCGACAGAUUUAACUUGAAUCACAAACAAAUGAGCAAACUACUGACAAUGCUAUUGCCCGGAAUGAUAGAAACUCAAGCUAAAAUGGCCAGCCAAAUGCAACAUGGUAGACAUAAGGGCUUCAAUAGCACCAAAGCGUGAUGACAAAACCCGGAGAUAGAGUCAGGAACUGAGCUGUUUUAAAUUCAAAUGGCAUGACGGCAACUGCAAUGCAAUGUUGGGACAACAUGUAACAACAAUAUUUUUUUGGUUAUUUCAAAAAAUAAAGACUUGUGAUUUUAAGAUGACAAUGAAAUGAUUUUUAUUUGACGAUAUUUGGCGACCAACUGUAUUCAAAGUUACCAAUAAAAACGUUCUGAAACAAGCAGAAUAAUGUAUUUAUGCAUUAACAACAGAUCCCAGCAUUGUAUAUAGAAAAACGCUUUAAGAGUGCACCGUGCAUUAUAGUAGCCCUGCUGGUGCAGGUUAUACAGUGGAUAGUCUAGUGCGGACACUCUUGUUUACCAUCAGACAGUGUGUAUCCCUAACCAAUGCUAGCUGAGGGCUUGAUUACCUUAUAAUGCCAUGGGCUUGGAUGUUUUUCCUUCAAUUAUUAAAGUACUAGUUGGCACCAUAGUUACUCAAUGAUGACAAUUGUCUGACAAUCCGUCACUAUGUUGCCCGUUUGUAGCGCUCGGGUGUACUUGUGUUUCAACCAUGAGAAUUACGAAGUCGUUACAUCACAAGCAUGUUGACUAACAUAUUCAAUGGAUGACAGAAAACUUGAGGUGUUCUGUUUUCCCCAACUUACGAAAAGGCAACUUCAGUUUGAAACAGCUCAAUGGUUGAGAUACCGGUAUUGUUCUGAUAAGGAUUAUGGAUAUUCAAGAUGUUAUUUGUUUUUAAAAUGUAACAUAUACGUUAGAACAUUGAAAUACAAAGCGGAAUGUGCUUGACAUAUUUUAGGAUGACAUUUAGCCCAACCCAUAUGGAUUCACCAUCAUCCAAAAUCAAUUCACAAAGUUAAGGCAAUUAUCGAGCCGAGAAUGAUUUCAUCAGGUUUGUAGAAUAUAGGAUAACGGUAACUGGUAACGUUUCACUUUCUGUCAGACACCUUCUUAAGAGUUUCCAACUGGAGUUUUGCUUCUCGUCCCUAUAUCUAGCCGAUAUGUAGGUGGCACAGGCUAGAUCUUACUGGUUGUGUCUAAAGAAACUUUAUUAGCACUUAUCGAUGCACGCUACUGUGGAUUGCAAAGCAGCACACAUGGACUUUUGGUAAGUUCUGUUGGUAAAGCAUAUCAACAUUUGAUUGGCUUAUGUUCAUCCACCAUCAUCCGACGACCUCCACAUUGUCAGUAUAGACAAAUACACAUAAAAUCUUCAAUCUUGGUCACUUCCUUACCUUGGUUGCUUGAAGGAAAACUUCACCAUUUAAGUUGUCAUCACAUGUCUGCCGUAGAGUUUGAUUUUCUUGUUUGAUCAGUGAUUAAUAAGUAUAAGUAUUCUUACUGUAUUACUUUUUCGCUGUAGUAGAAUCUGAACUCCAGGUAAGUAAUUUCCUGAUACGUAGUAACAGCAUUAUGUUUAUUGUAGUUAAGCAGAACACCAAAGCAUAGUUAGAGAACAUCACAUAUGUUCAUCAUAGUUCAACAUAGCAUAGCCUAUGUUUAUUAGAGUGAAACAGAACAUGAACUAGCUAUAUAUAUAGAUUAUACUUUAUUUUUUGUUGAGCUCACUAGGGGCCUUAUCGAGUAUGGUUAAGUUUAAUUUGUUGAUCUGUUUUUUCCGUAUGAAUUUAGUUUGAAUAAACCUGCAUUUGCCGUCACAAUA